AUGAUGCUUGUGGAAGAUCACUUGAUCACUUUGGUCAACAAAAAAAAUGAGAAAAUGAAAAUGAAAGAGCUAACAAUCAAGUAAAGUGUGCAUAAUUGUGUUCUUAGAUCAGAUGUAAUUUAAAAAUUUGACUACGAAGACUCAUUUUAUGUUUUGUACAAAGAUAAUCCUAAUAGAAAAAAAUUAUAAAUUCAAUUUGAGAAUAAAAUUUUAAAAUCUAAGUUAGAAGAAAAUAAAAACCCAAAGCAAAAUGUGCUUAAUUUUUAAGAUCCUUUAUUUGCUAAGUAUUAAGACUAUAAAGUUAUUAAUGUUUCAGCAACAAUUGACUAUAUUAAAAGCGAGUAAGAGGAAAUAGUGGUAAGCUUUUCUCAGAUUGGAUAGGUGCUUGCCAAAUUUAGUUGCAUGUAUUAUAUUAUUAUUAGAGCUUUUUCUAAAGAAAUUUUAGAAGGUGUUAAGAACUACAAUUUAAAUAUUUAUCUCAAUACUACAUCUCAGAUUGAUUAUAUCAAAGUCCAAAGCAAAGCCUUAACAAGCAUUUUAUUUCAUAGCUCAAAGAAAAGCGCCUCAAUUUCUUAGACAAACCAGAGCGUUAUGGAAGAUUUAAUUUUAUUUUAUAGACACAAGAAAAUUGGGAUCCCUUAAUUUUCUAUUGGAAAAGAGAAAAAUAAUCAAAAAAUUAUUAUGAUUGAUUAUUUACCACCUUUCAAUGUUGAGUAGAAUUUUCGUAAGUGUCUCAAAGAAAGCAAGCUUCUGCCAAACCAAGAAAAGCAAAGCAACACAGACUUUGCUUUGGAAAGUAUUGAAUUUUGCAUAGUAGUUGAUACAAGCUCAUCUUAGAUGUAAUUUGACACUAUUUAAAUGAAGUAUUUAAUAAAUUAAGCUUUGUAAAAGCUUGAAAGUACUGUGAUUAAAUAAAAUGCUUUAUAAGAGGAUGAAAAUUAGCAGUAAAAGCAAACUCAUUACAUAAGUUUCUCAUACCUUGAAGGCAAUGGCUGGAAAUAAAUAAGCUAAAUACUAAAAUAAAACACAAUUGAAGAACAUUUUGUUAUUAAAAAUUAAAUCUGCCCUCAAAUUUAAUGGAAAAAAGAGAAAUCAGAUCUUAAGUCUUUCUUAUAGGAGUUCUAAAAUUCAACAAAUAAGUUAAGUAUUCCAAAAAUUCUUUUUUUAAUUACUCAAGGCCUGUGGAAUGAUUUCGAUGAGUCAAUUAGCCAUUUAAAAAAGUUUUAAGAAAGCAUAAAAAGCAUUCACCCUUAUUAAAAUAGAAAUUAAAAUACUCAAUAACCAAGCAAUAAUCCUAAAGAUAGCUCACAACUAGAAAAUUCCAAUCAGCAAGGAUUCUCUGGCACUUUAGAUAUGAUUGUAUUUUAUCAGGGAAAAGAGUCAAGCGAAUAAGAAAAAAUAAAGUAAUCUCUCUCUAAAGAUAAAUUUUUUACAAGAAGCAAUUUAGAAGACUUUCCAAUAAUUAGCUUGUAAUAUUUAAAAAAGCACUCAGAUUUUUUUAUUGAAGCCAAUAAAUAAGGCAUAGAGUGCUCUUCGCUACCUAUAAAUAAGCUUGAAGAGCAGUAAAAGAAUGAAUUUAGCUUAAAUUUUAACUAAAUUUUCUAGCAAUUUAUUGUUUUGGACAAAAAUGUUGAGACCUUCUCGGGCUUCUUAAGAUUUUUUGAUUGGAGAAUGAAGUAGCAGUACAAAGUAAAAAUAACCUACCCUAAUCAAGAAAAAGAUAAUUCAAAAAAUAUGCUAGAAAGCAAUGAUAUAGCGGCAGCUGGUUUGAUAAAGUUACUUGAAAGUAAUGAAAAAUCUACUUAUGAAUAUUUAAAGAGAGUUUCUACUAGAAAUCACAUUCAUUCACAAUUUUCUAGCGAAGUAUUUUCAACUCUUGAUGCUUCGUUGAAUUUAUCUAGCGAUUCAAGUAUAAAAGAAAUAUAAGCAUCUAACUAAAAGCCAAUUUAAAAAUAGUAGCAAUUCUAACUUGCAAAGAAAAUCCCUUAAAUAGUGAAAUAUUAAAGCUAAAAAGUAGAUAAUCCUAUUAAAACUAAUGAAAUUCAGAUGGAAAUCAUCUCUUUAAGAGGCUCAAAAGAAGAUAAACUCAAAGAAAAGAAUGAUAAGAAGCUUAAUUAAGUGCUCUAAAAUACAAUUAAUUCUUCCAAUAUCUUGCAAACUCUGUUGAAAAAUUUUCAGGAUUAGGGAUUCUGGAAAUACAGCGAAGUCAUAUUAAAUCUUAUUGGUUUUACUAAAGAACAUUUUAUUGCAAUUAAGAAAAAAAUUUUAAAUUAGCAAUCACAAUAAAUCAACAACUUGAUAAUGACCUGUAUGGUACUUUUAUGUCUAGGAAUCAAAUUUAAAAAUGAUUUUAAUUAAUGGGAAAUAUGCCAAUCUAGAUCCACUUAAUGGAUUGAUUCUAAUUUUUCUUAAAAUCUCUACACAAAAGUAUUUUAAUAUGCCAAAUAUAUCUAUGACAAAAUCAGUAAAAGCUGA